UUAAGACAACAAACAGCUUCUCUUGGUCACCACAGUGCCCACUUAAUACUGAAGUGACUGUACGUCCUGCUCCUUUAAGGCGGCCACAUAGGGCCUGUUGAGAAAUGAGACUAAACUGUAGGAGGGUGGCGCUUAAACGAGCAGUGACAGUGACUGGCCAUGUGAGCGCAACCUAAGGACUCCCGGUCAACGGGAAACUGAGAUCACCAGAAUAUCAUCAUCGCUGCUGUCUGUUAAAGUCUUCUCUGCCUGGAGUUAAAGAACAUUCGGAUGUUCUUACAUAUCGGGAUUUCUCUGAAGAGACAGCGUUGACAGAUUAGUUCUCAAAUAAAUAGGCGGGAGUUUAAGUUAAGUGAGGAAAAUGUUUUAUUGUGUAGAUUAAACAAGGCUUAUUUUAUAAGUUAUACUGUAGAUACAGUGGAAUUACUGUGUGGAGUCCUUACACGGGCUGCGGUGCCCGGGACAGGCAGACGUGCUCUAGGAUUCCUCUCAGCUUUACGCAAUUACCGGAGGGCAGCAGGAGUCAUCGCAUUACUUUGGUGAAUUACUCACGCUUUCUUCUCCCGAGUAGUCGCUGGCGAUAUCAAACAGGCGUGAACAUGCUACAAAAUGGAAACGAAAAGCAGGAACCGCUGCAAGCGCCAAGGGCUGAGGCUGAGCCGGACUCACCGGCUGAGGACCCGAAACAGGAGGAACCCGCUCCCGCCGCCGCCGCCGCAGCUGCUGGCGGACAGGACGCGGACGGCGGGUCCACACACUUCCCCUUACCCGUUUAUCCCAAACUGGAGAUAAAGCGCAACGCAGUGACUGACGAUUAUAAGAUCUCCAGUCAGGUUCUGGGCUUAGGGAUCAAUGGCAAAGUCCUUCAGUGCUUCAGCAAGAAGACUGGAGAGAAGUGCGCACUGAAGGUUCUCUACGACAGUCCCAAAGCCAGACGAGAGGUGGAGCUCCACUGGCGAGUAUCAGGAGGGCCGUAUAUUGUUCCCAUUCUCAGCCUGUAUGAGAACAUGCAUCAUGGGAAGAAGUGCCUGCUCAUCAUCAUGGAGUGUAUGGAGGGAGGAGAGCUGUUCAGCCGAAUCCAGGCCAGAGGAGACCAGGCCUUUACUGAGAAAGAGGCUUCUGAGAUCAUGAGAGACAUUGGCACGGCUAUUGACUUUCUCCACAACAUUAACAUCGCGCACAGAGACAUCAAGCCAGAGAACCUGCUGUACACUAGUAAAGAAAGAAACGGCAUCCUCAAAUUAACAGACUUUGGCUUUGCUAAGGAGACAACGCUACACAACCCUCUACAGACCCCCUGUUAUACACCGUAUUAUGUGGCUCCUGAGGUUUUGGGUCCAGAGAAGUACGACAAGUCAUGUGACAUGUGGUCUCUGGGCGUCAUCAUGUACAUCCUAUUGUGUGGCUUCCCUCCAUUUUACUCCAACACGGGCCAGGCCAUUUCUCCGGGGAUGAAGAGGAGGAUCAGGAUGGGCCAGUAUGAAUUCCCCAACCCAGAGUGGGCUGAGGUGUCACAGGAAGCAAAAGAUUUGAUCCAUAAGCUACUGAAGACAGACCCAAACGAGAGAAUGACCAUCACUCAGUUUAUGAACCACCCCUGGAUUAAUCAGUCCAUGAUGGUUCCCUCCACUCCGCUGCACACCACCCGGGUCCUGACUGAAGACAGAGAGAUGUGGGAGGAUGUGAAGGAAGAGAUGACCAGCGCUUUAGCCACCAUGCGUGUGGACUACGACCAGGUGAAGAUCAAAGAUCUCGAUACGUCCAGCAACCCGCUACUCAACAAGAGACGCAAGAAGGCCGCUGCCGGGGCCAAGAGUGGGUCCACGGUCUGCCAAAGUCAGUGAGACACAGAGGACUGUUGGUGGAGAUGUGCUGGAGAAGAUCAUGUAGAGACCUGCUCAGGACUCUGGAGAAACUGGGUGUUGAGCAAAUGUUCCUUGAAAUAAAGGGACAACAAAGGAACAAACAUAAACGUCCAUCUCUGACUUUGAUAAGACGUAUCUGUUUUUAAUUACUUUUAUGUAUGUAUGUAAUUUUUAGAUCUUGCCUGUUUGUCUGAGUGUCUGUGUGCAGACAUGAAGUAUUUUUAGUGGUCUUGUUUUGUGGAUUUGAAUGCUGGGUCGUCUAUAUGAAGUCUCCUCUGUAACUAUGCACUAGUGUGCAACUCACACACAAAGACAGACAAAGCAACUGUAGACAGACUGUGAACACAUUAUUACCUGCGUUGUCUUAAUAUUGCCUGUCUUUUGCUGCCUUCCAUUCUGGAAUUAAAGCAAAGUCUGACACUGA